UCUUUCCAGAAAGUGGAGAACUCAACCGCCUGGCCAUUUUUUCUUGUUUCAUCACAGCACAUCUGUUCUGGCGGGUUGAAUGAUGAAAUUACAAACGGUCCCGACAUAAAACGCUCCGACUUGUGGGAAUGGUAUUCCUUAACAGUGGGAGUAUCCAGGAAGUAGCCAUAUUGGAUUCAUUGAGCAGUUCCACUGUGUCAGUUUAGGGAGAGAAAGACGGAGACAGCCCCUGUUUGCUCUGCUGCUUGAUCAAAUAUUCACACAUACUACAAUGGCUGCCACGGAUAUAGACAGAUUUUCAAAUGAAGAAAAACGGAACCUCAAUCUUGCGGGCCAUGUUGGAUUUGACAGUCUUCCAGAUCAGCUCGUCAGUAAAUCAGUGACACAGGGGUUCUGUUUCAAUAUACUCUGUGUAGGUGAGACGGGUAUUGGCAAGUCAACAUUAAUGAAUACGCUUUUUAACACAACGUUUGAAAAUGAAGAGGCUAGCCACUAUCAGAAUGGAGUGUAUUUACGCCCCAGAACAUACGAUUUGCAGGAGAGCAAUGUCCACCUGAAGCUUACGAUUGUCGACACAGUGGGGUUCGGGGAUCAGAUAAAUAAAGAGGACAGCUACAAACCGAUUGUGGACUACAUUGACACACAGUUUGAAAACUACCUGCAAGAAGAGCUGAAAAUCAAGCGCUCCCUCUUCAACUACCAUGACACGAGAAUUCACAUCUGCCUUUACUUCAUCGCUCCGACAGGGCAUUCCCUCAAAUCCUUGGAUUUAGUCACCAUGAAGAAACUGGAUAGCAAGGUGAACAUCAUCCCCAUUAUUGCAAAAGCUGAUACUAUUUCCAAAAGCGAACUGCACAAAUUUAAAAUUAAGAUCAUGAGUGAGCUGGUCAGCAAUGGAGUUCAGAUUUAUCAGUUCCCAACUGAUGAUGAAGCUGUCACAGAAAUCAAUGCAUCAAUGAAUGCUCAUCUUCCCUUUGCGGUUGUUGGAAGCAUAGAAGAAGUGAAAGUAGGUAAUAAACUGGUGAGAGCCAGACAGUACCCCUGGGGAGUUGUUCAGGUGGAGAAUGAGAGUCACUGUGAUUUUGUGAAACUUCGCGAGAUGCUGAUUCGGGUAAAUAUGGAAGAUCUUCGAGAGCAGACACACGCCCGGCACUAUGAGCUGUACAGGCGUUGCAAACUGGAGGAAAUGGGCUUCAAAGACACAGACCCUGACAGCCAGCCCUUCAGCUUGCAGGAGACGUACGAGGCCAAAAGGAAGGAAUUCCUUGGGGAGCUCCAGCACAAGGAGGAGGAGAUGAGGCAGAUGUUUGUUAACAAAGUGAAGGAAACAGAAGCCGAGCUGAAGGAGAAGGAGAGAGAGCUGCAUGAGAAGUUUGAGCAGCUCAAGAAGAUGCACCAGGAGGAGAAGCGGAAGGUGGAAGAGAAGCGCCGGGACCUGGAGGAAGAGCUGAAUGCCUUCAACAGGCGGAAGGUGGCAGCCGAGACGCUACAGGCGCAGUCCCUGCAGGCCACCGCACAACAGCCGCUGAAGAAGGACAAGGACAAGAAAAAUUAAUUAAUGGCACAGGAAAACCCAGGCCGGACAUGGAUUUGUCUUCCAUCACUGUAACAACAAGAACUUUUUUUUUCCUGACAUUCCAACAUUGAUUGACAUUUUGUAAGUGGACCAAAGAAAAUUGUGGGAGGCAAGAACAGUUGCUUUGUAUACAGACAAUGGGUGAUAAUUGCUUUAUGUGCUUUUUUCUAUGAUUAAUAAUGUUGUAAGUCAAUUGGGACAUUUUAUCGAGAGUUUCACCUUUUCUGUUUCAUUUAAGCCUUAGGCUUUCCUUUAUGUAUGGCUGGUAAUGACUGAUUUAAGAGAAGAGGAUAAAAUGGGUAACAUUUUUUAUUUCUUGGUACUAAUGUCAUACACUUAAGGGUUUUAUUGAAGAAAUAAAGUUUAUGUACACUUAUUUCCAUAUACUGGAAGAUUUCUUUAGAGGACAUUUCAAAGUCUUUAUCGGUAGAGAGCGCCUCAGAAUCUGAGCCAGGUCAGGCCUGUAAUUUAUUCCAAUACAAGAUGAUUAUGGAUAAAGCAGAGUUUAUAGUUGUCACCAAAUUCAACUAGUUACAACAAGUCUAGAGAAUAUGAAUUACUCUGGUGCUUUUUAAUGUUUUUUUUAUUAACAAAUCCAGGUCUGUGGAUGUCUUAAGGGCUUAGUUAUAUUUAAGAAUUAUACUUCAAAUCACAUUUUUCUACUUUAUGACUUUGUUAUACACUAGAAAAUAACAAUGCUGUUUGAUUUUAUCUUGUACAUAUAAGCUAUAUAGGAAAUUGAGAUUCUGUAAGUAGUAUGAGAGGUUUGACCGUUUACAGCGCUCAGAGGACAUGUAGGGGAGGAAGAAUGUAGCUUGAGCCUAGUUUCUUUUAUUUUUUGGUGGAGGAAAAUCUUGUGUAUUUGCUUGUACUAAAAAUAAAAUGAAGACAACAUUACUAUGAAUAAAUAACUCAGCCAUGCAACUUUGCUACAUACUGGGCCCCGAAGAGGCUGCUUUUGUUGCUGUGGAGUGAGUAAUGUUAGCGCUCAGGCGUGAAGAAUCAAAUUAUGUUAUUUUACCCUACUUAAUGUUUUUGUCCUGUUCCGUGAAGGACUCCCCAGUCUUUGACAGGGACUUGUUAUCCAGGUACAUCCUCCCAACUCUGCUCCAUGUCAGUUUUACACCAGAAUGUGCUGUUUACUAUUAUACCAGCUCAAGCAUAGACAUUUGAAUUGAUCCAGUUUCAAUAAGAAGUUAUUAUGCUUUAUAAAAUUACACUAGUCUUUAAUUUCCUGUCCUGUCAUCAUUUGAUCAAAUUCCAUGAAAACAUGUUUUAAGUUCUUUAAUGUUUUACCGUCCGUAUGUGUGAGUAUACCAAGUGGCUUUUGACUCACUCUGUUUACACCUUAAACCUACAGAAAUAUCUUAAUUAAUUUGAUAUAAUUAAGCCCUUUUGGAGAACUUUAGUUGAACACAUACUCUGUAUUCAGUGUAUUUAAAGACCUUUCUUGAUAGGAAGAGUUCUCUGAAGACAAGUGGUGCAAGGUGCCAGUGUUACAAUGCAAUAAAAUAAGUCAUAAUAUGAACUGAGAAGUGAAGAUGCCCUAUGAAUUUUUCAGCAACAUCACUGAUGUCCUAAUUCUUCACUUGUAUUUCUUAUACAGGGGAACAAAUUCAGUUGCACUGGGAGUCUUAGAGGGUUGCAGGAUAUCAGAAUUUCACAAUAAACAUGCCAUUGACAGUGCUGAUUUAAUAUUUGCUAGGUUUGUGCUAGGUUUUGACUGACUUCAAAGAUCUUUACAAAACCAUUUUUCUUUCAGAUAAAUAGUUCAAGCAAGGAUAGUCCAGGGCUAGGAGUGCUGUUGUAGUUUCUGAUUGCAACAUUAAAGAGAUCACAUCACAAUUCUUAUUGCGCUGUAUAACCUGUCUCAGUAUUUCAGAUUAUUUCCAAGCACACUCAUUAAAGUAACUCAGGUUCGACGUACUGUAAUAUGGCAAAAUAAUUCUGGCUAGAUAACUUGCUAUACAAGUAUAUAAUCAUGACUGAUACUGUUUGAUAAAUUGUGUACCAUGUGAAUUAGGUAUUCCUCCCUUGGAAUAUAUUUUCAGGAAAUAGGAAAAUAAAAUUUCUAUGUAAUUGUAAGAAGGGCCUUGUAUAAAAAGAAUGUAACCUGCUGGAGAAUGUAUUUGCUAUAGAAGUAAAAGUGUGCAACAAAUAGUUCUUACAAAUGUAGUAUGCAGAUCAGUGAUGUGUCCAGUAACAUCAAUAUUUAUUAAGUUUAGUGAGGACCUUUUUAACCAAAAUGGUUCAUAUUGAAUUGGGGCCUAUGUAUUCACUAGUACUAAACAUUUCACCUAUGUUAAUAUAGUUAAAACUGGCUUAUGAGAAAAACUUGUCAUUUAAGAAUCUGUUAUGGGUAGCACAGUGACGUAGUAGUUAGCAUUACUGCCUCAUAAUGCUGGGGCAGUGGUUCAUUUCCGGACCCGGGGUUUUGCAUGUUCCCCCCCUCUGUUCACGUGGGUUUCCUCCAAGUGCUCUGGUUUCCUCUUGCAGUCCAAAUACAUGCAGGCAAGUAACUUGGUUUCUGGGAAAACUGGCCCUGGUGUGAGUGUGUGUUCCCUACGAUGGAUUGGCGUCCUGUCCAGGGUGUACCCCACUUUGUGCCCCAGUGCUUGCUCUGGCACCCCUGUGUUCCUGAAUUGGAUGAAGUGGUUAGAAAAUGGAUGGAUGGAAGAAUAGGUUUAAUCACUUUCUUAAACGGGACCAUUGUCGUUUCUAGACAUUUCUCUUUGUUAGUUCUUCACUUUACUUACACUACCUGCAUUCCAUAAUUCAGUAUUCCCCCGUACAGGUUGUUCCUAAUGACUGAAGUUUCACUAACUCGGCAGAAUCCUUGUUUGAAACUGAGUAGUAGGUCUUUGCCAUCGCUUGCUCUGUAGCUUUAACUUAUGAACCCUUUCUUGCUGAAUUCUUUGAUGCGUAUUACGAUAGCAAUCUUACUGGUCAAUGGUGGUGUUCUUUUGUUUUCUGGUGUCCUGCUCUUGCAAACAAUGUUUAAAGUCCACAAUAAUUUGCUAGUAAAGAUAAUCUGCAGAAAAGAUUAUGCAGCAAAAUCAAAAUGCUUAUCUUGUGAGUAAAGAUGCUGAAGAGGGGUGGGUGUAGAGUGUUGCACAAAGGAUAUAAUUUUAUAAUCACUCUUAGCUUUAUACAUUUUGUAUUCUAUAUAAAGGUUUGUAGAAGUUAGUAAUGAGAGUAACAUUUCAAAUUCCCUUCAUCUCCACUGCUAUAUAUGUAUUUUUCUAUAACUUUUAUAUUCACUUAGCAAUUGAAUUGUGUUUUUGUAAUGACACUGAGGAGAAUUACUUUUGUAACCAAGAUUCUUUGGGGGGGGAUAGAUAUGCCCUUUUAGGGAAUAUGUCUGAGCAGUAUAAUGCAUGUUACAGUUCCAUACAUUAUGGCAUUACAUGAAUAAUUACAGUUUCUAUAUUUUUUGUUUAAUGGCUCAUUUCUUUGUAUCUAUAUUUUAUUUGUAAAGUAAAUCAGCCAUGCUUGUUUUCAAGACCUUUAAUAAUGACAUAUUUACAGGAUAAAGGUGCACACGUCCGUAUUUACUGUAAAAUAUCUCCAUGGUGUACAAUCAUAAUAAACGAUUUUGUUAUGUUAUCAAUCA